AUGGCUCCUGUCGAUGAUGUUAGCGUGAUCAACAGAUUGAAGGAGUUGAUCCUUGAUCUAAUUCGCCUUCUGUACGGUUCCAGGUUCACUAUUGACUGCACUUUUAGUGUAAAUGUCAAUUAUACCCGCACCGGAUACCAUCCUGUAGCCUUAGUCGCCAUUCCUGUGGAUAUUCAUCACGAGUACGAGUUGCUAGACGAAGGCGAGAUGGGAGCGAGUGAGCAGCAGGCGUUGGAGCUGUUUUAUCGCAGGUGGCGGGAGCAUGCCGAGCAGAUGGCCGGGGGAAUGUUGUAUCUUCCAUCGCCUUUCUCGUAAGGGCAUCUGAGAACCUUCUGGUCCUUUUGGCAAGGCUUGCUUCAUCGUUUCAAAUCCUUGACCGCCUUCACGGUGGACCAUUCCACUGCUCUCCUGACCUUUACUCUCGAUUGUAUGAUCUUCAAAGGCCACACAACUGUCUACUUUGUAUGCAGAAAGUUGAAUCGAGCCCAAGC